AGUCAAAUAUUGCCGAAAAUACAAAAUUAGGAUGAUCUCAUUAGAAAGCAAUGUAAUUUUUAUUCAUAUCAACUAGUCCCUUUCAACCUAAUUAAGUGUUUUUAAGUGUCUUAGCAAUGCAACAAUCACCGUUUGAAAAUAUUUUUAAUAUUAUUGGUGGACUAUCGGAGGGGAAUGAAAAACCUAUGAAACAUGGGUUCUAUAAUGCCUUUGCCCUAUUUAUUCUAGCGAUAUGCUGUGCGGCCAUCUAUGUGUUAUUUUUAAUCUUGGAGCCCUUUUUCAAACCGUUGUUUUGGGCUCUACUCGUUGGUUCACUACUUCAUCCCUUCAAAUACAAAUUAUCAAAAAAAAUCAAAACAUGGUUUGAAGAUCUUCGAAAAUCAGAUUCGUCUGUGAUAUAUGGUUUAGUGUUGAUACCUGUAAAUGUAAUCAAUUAUGCAUCGGAUACAGUAGGACAUCAAUUCAGAGAACAUUAUAAGACUGUUAUAGGGUUGCUAUCUGCAAUAUUUAUAUUACCUUGGCUGUACGGUGCCAUACCACGCAGUUUCUGCUGUAUCUUCUGGCAGUUGGUCAGCUUCAUCAGUUUUACGACAACUCUUCUUAUAAAACUAUGCAGCUCUUACAUUACAAUGACAAUAGCCAUUGCAUAUAUGAUAAGCAUAUACUUUCUAUGGAGUCCAUCAAGAGCUGGAAUGUUCCGGACAACCUCUCAUAUUCUCUGGCUAGUAAUAGCAAGCUUCUUAGCUAAUUUGGCUGGAUCAUUCAAAGUGCAUAUGUUUAUACUCCUACAAGCAAUUGGUAUCACAGGUUUUGUACUAGAAGUUUUACAUAUACACAAGCAACUGUUAACUCGAGAUCCUGAGGCAUCAAUGAUCAAAGCUGUCCAGGUUGCUUUAACAAAUCGCCAGCAAGAAAGUCUUACACUUGAGAAGAUAGAUGAAAAGCCGGAAGAAGUGCCAGAAACAAGUGACAAAGACUCUACACCAGACAUAGAUUCCCCUUCCCCCAUUACACCAGAUACAAUCACAAAGAGGGGAAGUUGGACAGGAAAUGAACCUAUUCAAAGUUCUCCAAGACAAGCCAAAAUGUUAUUUAAAACUAGAACCUUAUCCGCCCUUCCAUUACCAAAUCCGAAAACGAAAACUGCUUUUGAAAAUCGACUUUUAGCUUCAUUCAGACAAAGGUCUUUGGAUGAAAAUUAUAUCAGAAAUAAUUUUAAUGAUGACGAAACAGCUCUUUAUUUCAAGCUUCUAUUUUUUGGGUGCCUUUGUAUGCUUAUCUGGAAAUAUAUUUGGCUACUACCCGUCAUGUUAUUCUUUCUAGCAAUCCAUGUAAUCAAGAAAUCGCUAAAUUUCUUUGGUGUUUGGUUAUUCUGUGAGAAUCAAUACAAUAACAUAAUGUCUAAAGUCGGAAGCUGGUGGAAUGACAGAAAAUCGGCCCUAAUCCCAGCUCAAGUCCGAGGUGUUGGGAAGAUGCUGUCCAUCUGUAACAGGAGUGUUAUAGAUAUGGCAUAUGAGUCAGUGGACACAGUAUCAACUUGUAUUGUCAUCAUAGGACUAAUAUUUUUUGUAGUGGUCACUACAAUAUUUAUUUGUAUACAGAUAUAUUCUGAGGCGAUAGUGGUGGUACAGCUUAGUGGUAGUCUCUUGAACAGUACUUUUGUACAGAAUAGCGAACUACACGCAUACCUACCCGAGGGCUGGGAGGAAAAAUUGGAUUCUCUUAUCGAUAAUGCGUACACUUAUGGACGAGAAGGAAUUUCUACAGGGAUAAUGAGAUACGUUAAAAGCAUUCUCAAAGAAGGUGACCCGGAAAAAAUAGCACGCGUUGAACAACAAGUCUUGGAAAUAUGGGACCGAGUCUAUCAGAGUUGGGUUUCUGGAACGUUCGCUGCACAGAUGGGUCCUCAAGUUGAUGGUUCCGCCGUUCAGGAUUCUUGGGAAAAUUUUGUCAACGAUGUCGGUGCGCCAGGUAUAUUCGACUACAGCGGAAUAGUAUCUUGGGUUAAAGCAAAUGUUGGAACUCUUAGUGCCAUAGCAACCAAUAUCUGGGCACCGUUGGCCAGUAAUGUGUCUCUGUUGGCCGGAUCAUUGGGUGCGUUCACUUCCUUGUUGCUGUGUGGAGGAGGCGCUAUUAUAAAUAUGUUUAUUAAUUUGGUGGUGUUUUUCACGACACUGUUUUAUCUGUUGGCUUCGAGCAACGCCCUCUACAAACCCGUGGAAGUUAUCACACGGGUUCAACCUAAUUUCGGUCCUAGGCUGGGUAUCGCUUUGUCCGUCGCUAUUAAUCAGGUGUUCAGAGCAUCUUUCAAGAUGGCGCUGUUUUACGGUCUGUGGACGUGGUUGGUUCACAACUUGUUUGGAGCCAAAGUUGUUUAUUUGCCAUCUGUUUUAGCAGCAGUUUUAGGCGCGGCACCAUUCCUAGGUCCAUACCUAGCUGGUAUUCCCGCGGCACUGGAUGUAUGGCUUCAGGGCAGACCGAUGGCAGCAUGCUUGCUGCCCAUAGCUCAAGCAGCGCCCAUAGCUUUCCUUGAUGCUGCGGUUUACGCCGAGAUAAAAGAUGGUGGUCAUCCGUACGUAACGGGCUUAGCUAUAGCCGGCGGUAUCUUCUACUUGGGCCCAGAGGGAGCUAUCCUGGGACCUUUGCUCCUAUGUUGUAUAAUGGUGGUUCUCAACUUGUCUUCCACGUUCUUGAGAGAUACUCCGUCUGAAGAACGAGCGGCUCUUCACUCGCGUGUCAGGUCGUUAUUGGAAUGUAUUUUAAAGUGAGACUCGGUGCUUAUCUGUGAACAUGCAUGGGCCACUAACAUUAACAAGCGGAGGGAACUGAAUCUUUAAAAAUAAAGAAUUAUACAUAAAUGAGCCGUGAGAAAUAAUCUUGGCCUCCUUUAUAAAUAUAAUAUGACAAUUAUUAAAAUCAGUUCGUUAAAUAUCAUGUUUAUUACGCGUAUAGUACUUUUCAAUUUACACGUUUUACAAUAAGUGUUUGAAGGAAAUGCUCAAUCAAUAUCUGAUUUCCUUCUUCUAUAAUAAUAUAUCUACAAUAUACGUCAUACAAGAUUCUAAACAAAUUAAAAAAAAGCUUUACAUAAAUAAAUUUGAUGUUACAUUUCUACUUCAUCACUAAAGGGUAUAAAGGCCUGGAUCGAACGACCUUACUUAAAAACGUUGUCUGCUUCUAUUAAAUGUCAUCAAAGAUGGCAGAAAGAGAAAUCAGUAUUAACUAAACUCUCUAUACAGCCUUUAUAAAUAAGGCCGCUAAUAUUUUACAUAGUAUAUAAAAUUAUAUGGUCGUAUUUAAAAUAAUAUUAUAUAAUAUAUAAAAUAAUAUUGAUUUUAGUAUAAAGUUAAGCCAAAGAGACGCUCAUGGUUGCAUGAUAAUAAAAUACCGUGCAUGCAUACGAACGAUAUAUUUUAGAUAAAUCUCAGUCUUUAUUGUAAGUUACGUCCUUAAUUUUCACAGAUAUAUUUAUAGAUAGAUAACGCGAGUUCUCUAUUAGGUAAACUAACUUACUAUUUGAUAAUAAACAAAGUAGGUAGUUUGCGUCUUUAGUUUGUGAACUGAAAUGUAUACACCAUCCGUUCUUAUCUGCCUGACCGUGACGUCAUAAGUGACGUAUGAUAAAUGACACGCUUUAUUUUUAUAAAUUUACAUUCUUGCGGUAUCUAUCUUAAUAUAUUUCUGUGGCCAACGCUCAUUGUGGGAAGGUUUACUUAAAAAAAAACAAUUUAAAAUGAUUAUGUCAAGCAACGAACGCUAUACUUUAUAUAUAAUUAUAUAUGUUAAAUAAUAAUAAACAUCUCAUAAAUAUUGUUUUAAUGUAAU